AUGACCGAUGGGCUGCGUUUGCGGACGUUACAUUGGGAGUUCGGAGGCAGCCUAGAACCCCCUCGUGUCGUGAGUAUGCGAACCGAGGAGGCUAUUGGAAAGGACAACAUCUUCGCCCAGGUGACUGUUCGUUUCCUCACCCAACAGGUAUGUCUGCUCCCAUCACCAUCAUUCAUCUACGCUAACCUAAUUUUGUCCGUCCUGUAA